AUGAAGCUACACGCAGCUAGAUUAUAUGAAGAUCGCCGUCGCCCUUAUUUGGGGCUUCGCCUUGGGGUUGUGCUUGGGGUGUAUAGGGAGGUAUUUGCUCUUCCUGCUGCUGCAGUGCAGCUGCUGCAGUCGUACAAAGACCCCGCAGCAGCAGCAGCAAUUCGCGAUGGGCCCCACAGCAGCAGACGCACGCCGGCUGCUGCUGCACCUUCUGCUGCAGCAGCAGCAGCAGCAGCAGAAGCCAAAGCAGGAGACUUUGCAAGUUGUCUCUGUGCUGUGCUGAAGCAGCGGAUCGGCAGCCGCGUCUCCACAAUCACUGUGGCGGUGCUGGAUGAAAUAACAGCAAAAAAGAAAAGAGAGACAACUGCGGUGCUGCGGCUCUCACAAGAUGCCAGCAGCAGCAGCAGCAGCAGCAGCAGCAGCAGCAGCAAGGAAGACGCGCUGCUGUUUAAGCCGCUGCGGCCGAUGCUUGCAGCAGUUGCUGUGCAAGGCACUGACUAUACACGCCGAUAUGGGUACACCUCAGCGCAGCAGCAGCAGCAGCAGCAGCAGCAGCAGCAGCAGCAGCAGCAGGAAGUACCUGAGGAUUUGUGCAGUUUGCUGCUGCGCAGCUUUAAGGGAUACAGCUGCGUUUUAGAUGGGGAGAUAUUUGCAUUUGACUGCAGCAGCAACAGGCCAAUGCCUUUUAGCAGCAUUAAGAGUGUAGCUGCUGCAGAGACACCGCAGCAGUUUCUGGUGUACGUAGUGUUUGAUAUUUUGUCUUAUAGCAGCACUAACAACUCUGAGGUGUACGUACACCCCCUGCUAAGGAUGCGUCUUAAAGACCGGAGGUGUUUACUCGAGAAGGUUCUUACCCCACAACCACCGCGACUGCAAAUAUGUUCAUACCAAAUUGCACGCAAUCCUCAGCAGAUAAUCUCUCGCUUAGAAGAGGAGACAGCAAAAGGAGGUGAAGGGGUUAUGCUGAAGGACCCGCUGUCUCUUUAUGCUCUUGACUCUCGCAAGGAUGGCUGGUUUAAGCUGAAGCCCCGGUUGGGGCGCAUUGGAGACACUUUGGAUCUUCUUGCUAUCGUACGGCACACACAGCAGCAAACAGCAAACAGCAACAGCAAGUCAAGAGAGGCGAGGAGACACCCAGCUGCGGAUACACCUGAAAUGUUGGAGACAGUUGCUGAGCUGUACGUUGGUGGCUUAUCUGAUUUGCAGUUGCUGGAGCUGAGGCAGCAGUUGGGUCCGAGAGCAAUUCGCAUACCUCCGGGUGUCUCUGCAGCUUCGGUUGCGCCGUGGCUGCCUGAAGACUGCAGCAGCUCCACCAGGGUUGACGUUAGCUGGCCGCCUGAAGCGAGUUGGGUGGUGUCUGUCUCUGCUGCUGAGUUUGUCUCUUCAAAAGAAUUUUGCGUCUCCUUUACUCUGCGCUUCCCGAGGGUCUUGCAAGCCCCCCGAAGAGACAAAACCAUUCAAGAUGCUACUUCGCUGCUGCAGCUGCAAGAACUCUUCACCCAGAGCCAUUCGAUUGCAGCAGCAGAAAUUGCGCAGUCUCCAAGUCGCCCGUCUUCGCCUAGAGAUGCAUCAGAAGACCCUGCUGAGCAGCAGCAGCAGCAACAACAGCAGCAACAGCUGCAGCAGCAGCAGCCAGAGCAGCAAGAGCCGCAACUGCAGCGACAGCAACAGCAGGACGAACAGCAGCAACAGCAGCAGCAGCAGCGGCAGCAAACACAAAAGUUAACAGAUGAAGAGUUGCUUGCUCCUUCGCGCUUAGGGGGAGCAGAAGAGACAAAAGGAGACACAGCAGCAGAGACACCCGAUCCCCUUCUUGCAGCAGUUUCAAAAGCCUUGCAGCAGCAGCACCUGGUGCAGCAGCAGCAGCAGCAGCAGCUUCAGGAGGGAGUACAGCAGCAGGACGACCACCAGCAGGUUUGGUCUGGCCAGCAACAGCAGCAGCAGCAGCUGCAGCAGCAACAGCAGCAGCAGGAAGCCACUGCAUCGCCUGAAGGAUCGCCGGCAGCUGCAACUUCCGCUGCAACAGGCUUAGCUGCUGGGGUGUCUACUAUUUUAAGUUCACACAGCAGCAGCAACAGCAACAGCAACAUCAGCAGCAGCAGCCUUAUCGAUUCAAUGUCUCUUCAGCCCUUUUCCAAGCGGAAGCGCCGAAGUGCUGCUGCUCUACUCUCCCCCGCAGCAGCAGCAGCAGCAGCAGCAGCAGCAGCAAGAGGACAGGGCCCAGGGUGGUUGCGGGGGUCUCCUCACCGGCUGGUAGCGCAUUUGCUGCCAGCGUCGGCAGCAGCAAACGCCUCUGCGGCAGCAGCAGCAACAGCAACAACAGCAGCAGCAGCAGCUGCUGCUGCUGCUGCUGAGGUGUCUGCUUUGCCGCUGCGGGGCGUAGAGUUGUGGGUGAUAGAAGGAGACAGAGAAAACCCGAAGGAGACAGUUGAGCGCAUUGCUUUAUCUUUAGGGGCAUCAGUGCUGCAGUCUCCACGCAAAAGUCUCUUUGCUGUUGUUGCUGCUGCUCCUACCUUCCGCACUGCAGCAGCAGCAGCAGCACUCCCACAGGUCCCUGUCGUCCAUUUCGACUGGCUGCGUUGCUGCCAGCAGCAGCAGCAGCAAGUGCCGCUGCUGCCGCGCUUUGUGCUGCACGCCCCGCUGCUGCUGAAGAGACAACUGCAGCAAAACUACGAUAUAUAUGGAGACAGCUAUCUGGAGGACACCACACCAAAUGAGCUCGAGCAUGCCCUGCAAGCAGCAGCAGCUGCAGCAGCAGCUGCUGCUGCUGCUGCAGGAACAGCAAGAGCAGCGGCUUCUGCUCUUGCUGACAAGAACAAGAACAGCAGCAGCAGAAGCUGCUGCUGCAGUGCGCAGCAGCAGCUCGCCGCCACUCCAGGGGCCUCUCCCUGCUCAUGUGACGCAGCAGCAGCGCCAACAGCAGCAGCAGCUGCAGCAGAAUCACCAACAGCUACAGCUGCUGCUGCGGCAGGAACUGCAGCGGUAGGAACUGCAGCGGCAGCACAAGAAGAGGGAGACAGCAUUAAGGAGACAAAGAAGCUGCUGCUUGCUGCUGCUGCAGCAGAUGAAGCCGCUGUUGCUGCUCUUCGUCUGUGCGACACUUCAUACUUUUUCAACAAUGAACAUACAGCAGCAGCAGCAGAAGCAGAAGCAGAAGCAGCAGCAGCAGCAGAAGGCAGCAUUUCCGUUGCUUGGGGAGCGUCCGGCCCCAGUGCCUCGAUAGCAACCGCUACGCACGUGGUGGGUGGGGGAUCGGCCGAUGGGUCCCCGGAAGGCCAGCAGCAACAGCAGCAGCAGCAGCAGCAGCAGCAACCACAACAAGAACAGCAGCACGUUGAUGCUGCAGCUGCUUCCAACUGUCUCCUCUCUUGGGAUGCCCUUGAAGGUCAAGUGCGGGACGUUAUAGCAGCAGCAACAGCAGCAACAGCAGCAGCAGCAGCAGCAGCAGCAGCAAGCGCUGAUAAAGCAGCAGCAGCAGCAAGCGCUGAGAAAGCAGCAGCAGCAGCAAGCGCUGAGAAAGCAGCAGCUGCAGCCAGUGACGAUAAGGCAGCAGCACAAGCGAGUCCUGACGCUGCAGCAGCAGCACGCGUGUGUGUUGCUGCUAAUAGUGCUGCUGCUGCUGCUGCUGCAGCUGCUGCGAGCCCUGAGUUUUGA